AUGUCAGAAGAGCUAGCUAAGAAACUGAAGCCCAGCCAUUCAUCAGCGCCUCGGAUGUACGGUCUUCCAAAGAUCCACAAGGAGGGAGUACCUCUGCGCCCGAUCACUUCCAUGAUUGGCUCCCCCGCUUACGGCAUAGCCGCCUACUUGACCAAGAUCAUCAGUCCUGCUCUAGGGAAGACCGAGUACACGGUGCCCAAUUCGAGCUCAUUUGUUGAUGAGCUAAAGCAGCUGGAUUUGAAUGGAUCUGAAGAAAUGAUGAGCUUUGAUGUCGUGUCACUCUUCACCAGAGUUCCGGUGCAGGAGGCGGUUGACGUCAUUUGCGACAAGCUGGCUGAAGAUGACACCCUGUUUGAAAGGAGUGAGAUCGGCGUGGAUUCCAUACGGAAGCUCAUGUUGGCCUGCUUGGAAUGUCGCUACUUCCUAUGCCUAGGUGCAUUCUACGAGCAGAAGGAGGGCGCUCCGAUGGGGCUCAGCCUAUCUGUCGUCUUGGCGAAUGCCUAUAUGGAACAUUUGGAGCAGUCCAUCCUGACAUCCGCCACUCUGAAGCCCACACUCUGGAGACGCUAUGUUGACGACACUUUCAUCCUGUGGCCCCACGGCGAUGAAGCUCUGCAAGAGUUCCACCAGCGGUUGAACGAUUUCUGCCCAAGUAUCCAGUUUACACUGGAGCGGGAGGUGGACCAGAAACUGCCGUUUUUGGACGUUCUUGUCCAGAGGUCAGAAGGUCGGCUGGGCACCUCAGUCUACCGGAAGGCGACCGCAUCAAACGUGUACCUGAAGUACAACUCGAGCCACCCCGCGGCCAUGAAAGCUGGUCUAAUAAGAUGCAUGGAAGCCAGAGCAAGACGGGUCUGCAGCGACAUGUCAAGUGUGAAGGAGGAGAAGAGCAAGAUACGGGAUGUGUUCGUAGCCAAUGGCUAUCCGGAGCCGUUUAUCAAGAGGGCUAUGAGACGCCGUGACGCCAGCCAGACCGUACAGGGGGAAGCCGCCGCCAGAGACCAAGAAGCCUAUGCGGCAGUGCCCUACGUCCCAGGUCUCAGCGAAAGGAUAGCCAAGGUUCUCAGGCCACACAGAAUCAAGGUAGCUCACAAAUCCAAGCGAUUGAGGGGUCACCUGGUUAACGUCAAAGAUCCCGUGGAGCAGAGCAAGAAGAAAGGGGCCGUAUAUGAGAUAAAGUGCUCGUGCGGCUCCAGCUAUAUCGGAGAGUCAGGGCGACCAAAACAGGACAGAUUGAAGGAGCACACCGCCGAUAUCAAGCACGGACGCUGCGAUACGUCAGCGACGGCCAGACACUUUUGUACCUGUGGCGGUGACUUGAACCCGUUCGAGGCGAGAACCCUAGCCAUCGAACCCCACUGGAAAAAAACGUAA